AUGGAGAUUAACAACAGAAGUCAAAUCUCGCCUCGAACGGGGAACGGGACGCAGUUUCACGACAGGGCGAAUGCGGCAAUCAAGGCAGCAGAGGAGAUGGAGGAGGCGAGGAAAUGGCGCGCAGUGCUUCGAUUGAUGGCCGCUGAUUAUAAGAAGCUCGUGCUUCGAGUGAUGGCUGCUGUUCAUAAGAAGCUCGGUCGUUGCCAUGGAUUGCUCCAGCAGGACUACGAGCGCCGGCGCGGGGAGAUGGAGCAGCUGCAGCAGGAGCUCAAGGAGCUCGCUGCGCACAACGAGUCUCUCCGAGGGGAAAUCUCAUCCAACGACGCGCGAGCGCGGGAGACGGAGGCGCAGUUACGCGCGCAGAUGCAGGCGGAGCGGUCGGAGUUGGAACGGGGCGCCGCCGUCGCUUCCGCGCGCGCGGCCUCCGACCUCCGCGCGGCUCUUUCCGCGCGAGACGAGGCGUUUUCCCGCGAGCGCGCGGGGCUCGCGCAGCAGCUGACGGACCUGCGGCGGGAGCUUCAGGCGGAGCGGGAGAAGGAGCACCCGUGCUUCGCUUGCGCGGAGCGCGCCUGGCGGGACGAGGAGGAGGCGGAGGAGGAAGCGGAGAGGCGUAGGCGCAGCGAGGCGGAAGUUGCGCGCUGGCAGCAGGCGGCGGGGCUUGCGGCGGCGGGACUCGUUAUAGAAAGCGCCGCUAAGGAGUUUCUAUUAGACCGAGUAGAUGAUCUGGAGCGAUCCGAAGUCGAGAGGGAGCAAGAGCGGCUGGAGAGCGAAAGGGCGGAGCGGGAUGAAGGGAGGCGGGAAGGGGAAGCGCGCGCUCGCGCGGAAGCGGAGAACCAGCGGGAGCGGAUCCUGGCGGAAUGGGCGGAGGAGCGGGAAGCGUGGGGGCGGCGCACGGCGGAAAAGGACCAGGAAGUUGCGCUGCUGGUGGCGGAGAAGGCGGAAGUAGAGAUUAAGUUGCGGAGCGCGGAGGCGGAGGUGGAGAGACUUAAAACGGAGGCGGCGGCGCAGCAGCGCGUGGUGGAGAACCUCACGCGCGACCGCCACAUGCUCGCGCGCAAGUCGGAGGAUCUUUCCGCGCGCGCGGCGGCGGCGCAGAGGCGCGCGGAUUUGGCGGAGGAGGCGGCGGAGGUGGCGGAGGCGCGGGCGGAGGACGAGCGUGACCUGGCGGCGUCGCUGCAGCGCGAGCUGCAGAUGCUGAAGGCGAAGUUCCUUCACCAGGAGGCGGAGAAGGAGAAACUGUGA